AUGAAUUUGAAUGAAGACUCAUUGAAUUUCUCGGACUAUCCAUAUAAAGUUUUUCAGCAGUGUAAUCUGUUGAAAACUGAAUGGUCAUAUGCACAAAGUGUUAAGUGUGUUAUAUCCACGAUUGUUUCAGUAUGGUGUGCAUAUGUACUGCCGUUCUUUAGUUUUUUCGGAGUGGUAACAAAUUUAUUCAUUGCGUUUUACGCUAUUUUGAGAGCAAACAAAGUACCAAGACAAAUUAUUUACAUUUCGGGAAUAUGCUUAUCCAGUGCAAUUGCCAAUAUUACAUUUAUAUGGUUAUGGCAAUUUCCUGUGAGAGGUUUAACAUAUGCAUCACAUGGAAGCAUAUUUUUUUCAAUCGUAAAUGUGUCCCCAACAGCCUGUCGUUUUCAGCGCUAUAUGUACGCGUUCAGUUCAACAAUGAUGUGUAAUAUGCAUAUAUGUGCAUCCUUAGACAGAUGUUUAGCUAUUUACAUUCCAACUAAACUGAAGAAUUUCCCUAACAUUUAUGGAUGGUAUAUCUACAUUGGUAUUCUGCUUUUCAGUGCAUCCAUGAUGUUACCUUUUGGUGUAAAAGUCGACUGGCGUUUAGCAGACAAACGUAUUCUGUGUUGGGUGGAUAGAAACGAUUUACCAAUACAAACCUAUCACACACUAUUUUCCAACUUAGCACCUAUUCAAACACUUUUCUUAAUAACGAUCGAUUCCCUGUUUUUAAUGAAAAUACAUAAACAAUUAAGUCAGCAUUCUUUGACUAAAUUAACAUCUUCAGAUGGAGGACAUCUACGACGUUCACUACUUUUAUUUAUAUCAUCAGUUUCUUUCAUUAUUAUAGCAAUAUGUCAGAGUGUGUUCUAUACGAUUGCAAGAUUUAGUUCAACGGGAAUUAUUUCAUAUCAAACGGGUGUUGAUUAUGACAUAGCUGAUUUCUUCUGGUAUCUCAAUUCUGUACGUGAACUAUUAGAUAUCUAUAUUUAUUUCAAGUGCUUUGGGUCCUUACGUGAUUGUUUAAUAGGUAUCUCGCGGAGAAUAUCAAGAGGUAGUUUGUUUAAACCUGAUCCGUUGUAA